UGUUCUGCUUGCAGUGGCGUCGUGUCAUGUAUUCUUUUUGCAUCCGUUGCAUUUUACUAUUUUUUUGUUCCGCACUGAAUAGUGUCCUCUCUUCAGAAGGACAAUGCCGCUCUUUGGUAUUCAAGCCCGCUAAAGCAUUUGAUGGUCAACGCUUAAAAAACCACGUGAUUCGAGUUGAAGACGUCAGUGAGAGAGACUUUUGUGGGAUACUUUGUUACAUGGAGCCAUACUGUGUCAGUUAUAAUCUUGGAAAACAACCACGUGCAGAUGAUGGAAGGUAUACAUGUGAACUGAAUAAUGCUACUCACGAGGGAAACAAAGACGACCUGGUUGAGGAUCAAAGUUACAUUUUUGGAGGUGCAGAGAGUGCUUGUAUCACAAAUCCUUGCAAGAACAACGCCAAAUGUCAAAGCGGUUUUACUGAUAAAGGUUACCGGUGUAUGUGUCCAGUUGGAUACAAAGGUUUGACUUGCGACGAAGAUAUUGACGAAUGUGCCACACGAGAGCACAGCUGCAGUGCUGAUGGUGUGUGCAGCAACGUGAAGGGAUCGUACAAAUGUGGAUGUAAACCUGGUUAUUCUGGAGACGGACGGACUUGCAAAGAUAUCGACGAGUGUGCUUCAGGAACACACAACUGCAGUGUUGAUGCUGUGUGCAAUAAUACCGGGGGAUCGUACAACUGUUCAUGUAAAUAUGGUUAUUUUGGAGAUGGAAGAACUUGCAAAGCUACGAUCUCAAGUUGCAAGGAAGCUUAUGAGAGCAAAAUACUAAGUGGGAGUGGCGUUGUUACGCUCCACAUCGGCUCAAAACCAACUUCCGUUUUCUGUCAAGUGGGAGAUGUAGAAUGUGGAAAUGGAACAUGGACCCUUGUUAUGAAGACUGAUGGCAGUAAGCGAACUUUCCAUUACGAUUCCGAUUAUUGGAGAAACAAGAUAGAAUACAAUCUUCCUGGAGGAGAGACAGGGUUUGACACAGUGGAGACCAAGUUACCAACCUACUGGAGCACAUCAUUCUCCAAGAUCUGUCUCGGUAUGAAGAUCGACCAACAGCUCAGAUUCAUCGUUAUUAAUAUGGAAGCCGACUCUCUGUACUCACUGAUCGCUGACGGACAAUACCGCCCAACAGUUUUGGGUCGUGACACAUGGAGGUCUCUGAUUGGUCCAAAGGCCUCCUCGCAGAUCUACUGUAAUAGAGAGGGGUUCAAUCUUUACCCAUUGACAGCUUUUUGGGAGUUUAAGGCUCCUAAGGCAAGGAUCGGUUUCGUCACCAACAAUGCAAAUAACUGUAAAGAUGUUGAUACUAGAAUCGGGUUUGGUACAGGAGGGCCACAUGAUGACAACAACACGUGUGGAAUCGUUGCAGACAGAAGCCAUCUUGAUAAUGGGAAGCAGUUCAUUAAAGCCAUGGGAUACAUCUUGGUACAGUAA